AGAGGAGGAAAAGGGGAGGUGGAGAUUAAAUGAAACAGUUUUUGCAACCACAUGUUGCUGUACUUGAUUGAACUGCUGCUGCAGCUCCUGCCUACCUUUCCUUUCUUUGCAUUGUACGUCCAUUGUAGCCACUGCAUCUGUAGUUUCUGCCACCUGUGGCUGCGCUCCUAUUCCCUCUACGCCACAGAGAGAGAGAGAACAAAAAAGGGGAGCUGAUAGAGGUCGGGUAGGAGGAGGAGGAGAUCUUCCAUGAUAAGUGGACUUCUGACAGAGAGAUCCCCGCUGCAUACCCAGUUGAACCAAAUGAAAGAAUCCUAAAACCAGCACCAUGCCAGGACUCAUUAACAAGGAGAACAGGACUGCUCUGCCCCUUAGUGUCUCUGACAUCACUUCCUGUGUCAGGGGUUAUACUCUGGCCUUGACAGCCUCUAUGACCUAUGAAAAUAUUGAGGAUCAUGCAAUUGAGGGGAUCUUCAUUUAUCCACUGGAGGAAAAUGCUAUUGUUGUGGGGUUUGAGUCUAUGAUUUCCAGUCAGAUCAUAACACUUCAAAUCAAAGACAAGUCAAAACUUGACGACUGUUAUCAGGAUUGCUGCAACACAUCCAAUGGAGCCCUUCAGAGUGGCAGCGGACACAUAGUGAUUGAUGAGGAUUUGGAGAGGACAGUGUUAGUGGUUAACCUCGGGCUCAUCCCUCCUAUGGAGACGGUCCAUAUUCUGGUUAGUACUUCCGCUGAGCUCUCCACCCUGCCCAACGGAGGCAUCAGGGUCUCGUCCCCACCAGUGUGUACUCCUCGGGUACAGAGGACCAUCAACGAGGAGCAGGGGCUAUCCCCAAACUUCUCCAGAACGCGGGAUAGGCAUAGUUGUGCCUCAAGUCCUCAUGAUCAAACUCCCAACUCCCCUCAGCUGUGGUUGGCUUCACUGCUGGAGGAGGAGGCCAUCAACUCCAUGGACUACGAGUUUAACUUCCAGCUGGAGAUACGGGCUCCCUAUCUCCUCGCAGGUGUAGAGAGCCCGUCUCACGCUAUCCGAGCUGAUGCAGACCCGCUGGCUCGCUCUGCCACAAGCGUCGUUAUCACUCUGGCUGACAAGUACACUUAUGACUGUCCUGUCAAAAUCCUCAUCUACCCCAGUGAGCCUCAUCUGCCACAUGUGCUGAUUGAGAACGGAGACAUGACGCAGGACGAGUAUGAUGAGUAUCUUCACGGCCGCAGCGAUUUCAUCAAGGCCACCAAGAAGGACUCCAGCAAUGAGAGGAAAGUAGAUAUCAUUCACAGGCGACUACACAAGGACAUCCUCCACAACCCUGUGGUCAUGUUGAACUUCUGCCCUGACCUCAAGUCCAUCAGCUCCGACCUGAGGAAGGUUCAUGGCGAGUUCAUCUUCCUGAUCGACCGCAGCGGCAGCAUGAGCGGGGUCAACAUCAACCGUGUGAAGGAUGCCAUGGUGGUGAUUCUCAAGAGCCUUGUGCCAGGCUGCCUUUUUAACAUCAUCAGCUUUGGCUCCACUUUCAAAUCCCUCUUCACAACCAGCCAGAAGUACGAGGAGGAAGCCCUAGACCUGGCCUGUGAGUAUGUUAGGAAGAUCAGAGCCGACAUGGGGGGGACCAACAUCCUGGCACCGCUCAAGUGGAUCCUGAGGCAGCCGAUGUUCACUGGACACCCCCGCCUACUCUUCUUGCUCACCGACGGGGCCGUCAGCAACACAGGCAAAGUAAUCGAGCUGGUCCGCAGCCACGCACGUUACAUUAGAUGUUUUACAUUCGGCAUAGGACAGAGUGCUUGCAGGAGGCUGGUGCAGGGACUGGCGACAGUUUCCAAAGGAACAGCAGAGUUCCUGGUUGACGGAGAGAGGCUGCAGCCCAAGAUGAUAAAGUCCCUGAAGAAAACCAUGUCUCCGGUCCUCAGUGACAUUUCCAUCGAAUGGGUCUUUCCUGAGACCAAAGAAGUGCUGCUGUCCCCUGUGGGCAACUCCUUCCUGUUUCCAGGGGACAGUCUGAUUGGCUACAGUGUGGUUUGCGACGCCACCCGCUACCAUGCCAACCCCAAAUCUGAUAAGAGGAGGCGAUACAGCAUGAUGCGCUCCAUUGAGUCAGCCAGCUCCGUGUUUUACCACUCUCAAGAGGAGGACCCGGUGAAGACGAGUAGUGACAGUCAGGGGUCCUACAGGGAAGCACCUCUGUAUGAUUCCUACCAGGACUCCAUGACAGACAACCCUGCCACCACAGAGCAAGACACCAUGGGGUUUGAUAGCAAGACGUCUCCAAGAAGGCGCGCAUACAGCACCAACCAGAUAAGUGACUACAACCCGGCAAAAAAGGUCUACACUCCCAGUGAUCCCAGCUCUGUGGUGGCUAAGAAUCCACUGAGGAGAGCCAAAGUCCAGGAGCUGAUAGGCCAGAUGAGCCCUGAGCACGAGGCUCAGUGGAGGAGCGACUACCAGCCACAGCUGGCAAGUCUGUGUGCCUCAUCUUCAAGAGGUCCCAGGCCGCUCCCUCAGCAGGAGCCGCCCCUACAGCAAGAAGCCGACUCAGAGCUUCAUUUUCAUUCCCAGCCUCAGGACAACCCACAGCCCAGCGGCGUUAGCGCGCCACCUGCAGCUCGCAACUCCGCUGGCGAAGAUGGAUCCAGAUCGUCCACUGACAGCCCUUCUGUCGGCAGUGUCGGAGACACAGAUGGCUAUGGACAUCAAUUAUGUCAAGCAGAAACCCCACAGGAGAGCCACAUUUCAGAUCUGGGUGCUGCCAGCCAGUUGAAAGGCGACUGCAAGGCCGUGGUGUCCGGACUGCUGUGUGGGAAACCAGCGAGGUGGGAGGUUGUCUUUGAUAUCGAGCCCUUCCUGAACGGCCGGGAGCGUGAGGAAAAGGUGCACGAGGAGCUGUGGAACGAGACCUUCCACCACAUGGCUGGACACUCCAUCAUACGCGACUUUGAGCACAUGGCGGAUAAGGAGUGUGACAUUGAGCACGGCUCUGGCAGAAAGUACCAGGUAUACGCUAUUCACACCAGCAAGGCCUGCAACAUACUGAGCAAACACACAGCGCUGGUUCCUAUCGACCUGGACACUAAUGAGUAUUUGCCGACAUGUAUUGAAUACAUAAACAGCAGUGAAGGUCUGAAGAGGGGCUCACAUUCCAGUUCUCGUUCAGGGAGCAGGAAGAACAGAGGCUACUCCAUCGGACUGGGUCGCUCUCAGUCUGGAGGCAUGUCUGAGGAAGCUGAAGAUGUCCUGCUGCCCAACAAUGGAGAGGAUGGUGUCUCUCCCUGCAGCACCCCCUCCUCCGCCAGCUGGGAGAGAUGUAGCUUCACAGAGGUCUCCCAAAGGAGUCCGUCCGUGACCUCCGACCAAUCACAGAAAUCGGGGGAGAGCCUUUUUUCUGCCAGGUUGGCCCUCAGCAGGACUCGUCUCCUGACUCGGGCUGCCAAAGGAUUCAUGUGUCGAUCUCACAGCAAGUCCGGUGAUUCAAUUGGAGAGAGUGACAACGAGAACAAAGACUACAUUCCUCUGGUGUUGUUGCAGUUGGCUAGUGGUGCAUUUCCCCUGGACACAGCUCUGUGUGAUGCCAUUAGUGUGCCCAUGGACAAGCUAAAGUGGACGUCCCCCUUCACCAGCCACCGCAGCAGCCUUGGCCACCUGUCUCACGCCAGCAGCCGCCGUGCUGAGAGUGCCGAUGAUGGACGCAAAUCACAGUGUGAACCAGAAACAUAUCAGCACGCUACGGGCAUCAAUAGCCCUUUUCAUCUGUCCAGGAGUUCCUGGACGGAUGCUCGUCCUUCCUCAUUAGGCAGUCCUUCCGCCAGUGCUGAGCCUCGGCUCUCCCAACACUCCCAGGCGGACGGUGGACGGGGCUUUGCGUCAGGCGGCUUGGAAACCGCAUCGCCCAGCGGUGUGCUAAAGAGGAUGCUGGAUCCAGAGAGCAUGGUGUGGGCCACAGCGGUGGCUCUCGCCUGGCUGGAGCACAGCUCUGCCAGUCAUUUCAUAGAGUGGGAACUGGUUGCCGCCAAAGCCAGCAUGUGGUUGAGUGCACAGGAAAUCCCAGAAGGCCGAGACUUAGCCUCCGUCAAGUCUGCUGCCAACCAGCUCUUCAUCAUCAUCAGACACUGGGAUGAGAACCUGCAACUGAACAUGCUCUGUUACAACCCUAACAGUGUCUGAGGCCUGCUAAUCCAAGGCUGAAAAUACAGACCACGGAAAGUACUCAAUUCCAUAUGAUACUAUGCUACCCGGAGCUGUACUAUUCUCUGUUCGGCAGUUUGUCCUCUGAAGUCUGACUUUGCAGUUGUGAACAAUGUGUAUUUUCUUCUGUUUGUGUUGUUCCUCCAAACAUGCCACAGGCUCUUCACAGGCACUAUGUUCAAGCUAUUACCUUGCUUGUGCCAUAUACUGGAACUGGAUCCGUGUUAGCAAGGGAUCUAGUCAGAGGUAUGCCACAGAUUUGAGUUUCAUGGCCAUGAAUGUCAGUGUUAAAUCAAUAGCAUGCUAGGCCACGGACCAUUGACAUCUGAGAAAAGCUCUUAUUGUCAUCAUAUUGAUGUUAUGGGGAGAAUGCUGCAAAACAAUUGUAAGAAAAAAAUGUUCCACGCAUUGACAAACUGUUUUCACAUCUUUACAGCAUUUUCUGUAUUGAUUGUAUUGUGGGAAAAAAUGCUACAUGACAAUAUCUGGGUA